CGUGGACUCGGUUUCCGGGUGAGGGCCGGGCUCCUUGCUGCCAUGUGGAUCCUGCUGUAGAAAAUUAUUUACAUUUAAGGUUUCCUGAAGUCGAGGUCCGGACUCUGUUUUUAGAUUUCUGGCGUGAAAGAUGACGACGUCCUUAGCCCAGCAGCUCAAACGACUCGCCCUCCCGCAAAGUGAUCCCAGUCUCUUAUCUAGAGAUGAAGUUGCCUCCUUGUUGUUUGACCCCAAAGAAGCGGCCACCGUCGACAGGGAAACUGCUUUUGCCAUUGGAUGCACUGGUUUUGAAGAACUACUUGGAAUAGAUCCUUCCUUUGAACAGUUUGAAGCACCAUUGUUCAGCCAACUAGCAAAAACCUUGGAACGCAGUGUUCAGACCAAAGCAGUGAACAAACAGCUGGAUGAAAACAUCUCAUUGUUCCUUAUCCACUUGUCCCCUUACUUUCUGCUGAAACCAGCGCAGAAGUGUCUGGAGUGGUUGAUACACAGGUUCCAUAUCCAUCUUUAUAAUCAAGAUAGCCUCAUCGGUUGUGUCCUACCAUACCACGAGACCAGAAUAUUUGUGCGAGUUAUACAGCUUCUAAAAAUCAAUAGUUUAAAGCACAAGUGGCAUUGGCUGUUGCCGAUUAAGAAAUCUGGAGUACCCUUAGCUAAAGGAACUUUGAUUAAUCAUUGCUACAAAGAUCUUGGAUUCAUGGACUUCAUUUGCAGUCUUGUGACAAAAUCCGUGAAGGUUUUUGCUGAGUAUCCUGGGAAGUUUGGUCAGUUGAGAGUGCUUCUGACUUUUUACGCUUCUACCAUCGUGUCUGCUCUAGUGACUGCUGAGAAUGUAUCAGAUAAUAUAGUUGCCAAGCUAUUUCCGUAUAUCCAAAAGGGGUUGAAGUCGUCUUUGUCAGAUUACAGAGCUGCAACAUACAUGAUAAUUUGCCAGAUCUCUGUGAAAGUGACCAUGGAAGAAACCUUCGUUAAUUCAUUGGCUUCACAGAUCAUCAAAACAUUGACUAAAAUCCCCUCUUUGACCAAGGAUGGACUGGGCUGCUUGAUAGUGCUCCUGCAGAGACAGAAACCUGAGUGCCUUGGGAAAAAGCCUUUUCCUCACUUGUGCAAUGUUCCUGAUCUUAUUACAAUACUUCAUGGAAUUUCUGAAACCUAUGAUAUCAGCCCUCUGUUGCGUUACAUGCUUCCCCAUCUGGUUGGCUCCAUCAUCAAUCAUGUUACAGAAGUAGAAGAAACUGAAGAGAUAGAUGGCCACAUCUAUAGGAAACUUUUAGAAGCUAUACUUACACAUAUAUCAUUGAAGAACAACUUAGACCAUUUGCUAGCUAGCCUUCUUUUUGAAGAAUAUAUUUCAUGUAGUUCACAAGAGGAUAGUGAUCCUAAUAAAAUAUCUCUGCUUAAUGAGCAGUUUCUUCCACUUAUCAGACUUUUAGAGAACAAAUAUCCCAAAACAUUAGAUGCUGUAUUAGAGGAACACCUAAAAGAAAUUGCAGAUCUCAAAAAACAAGAGCUGUUUCAUCAGUUUAUCUCACUUUCUACAGGUGGAGGAAAGUUUCAGUUUUUGGCAGAUUCUGACACCUCCUUGAUGUUAAGUCUUAAUCAUCCACUUGCUCCUGUGAGACUUUUAGCUGUUAAUCAUCUGAAAAAUAUUAUGAAAACAUCAAAGGAGAGCAUUGAGGAGUCUUUCAUCAAAGAAGCUAUUUUAACCCGACUAGGUGAUGAUAAUAUAGAUGUUGUUUUGUCAGCCAUAAGUGCUUUUGAGACUUACAAAGAACACUUUAGUUUAGAAGUGACUGUUUUGAAUCUUGUGAAUCUCUUUAAAAGAGCAGAGCUUUCAAAGAAUAAGGGGUGGUAUAAGGUGCUUGAAAUAGCAGUAGGCAUUCUGGUUAAAGAACAGAGACUGAGGGAAGAUGAUCAGUUGUCAAACCAGGUGGUAGUACAUCUUCUACCCUUCAUGGUCAUUGACACAGAGGACAUGGAGUCUGUGGAGAUGAAAAUUGCUAUACAUUUAUCAAAAUCAGGAAUUUGCUCUUUGCACCCUGUAUUAAGAGGCUGGAAAGAAGCUCUUCAAAGUGUGAUUAAAAGCACAAAGUCAGGAAAACUAAUUGGUGUAGCAAAUCAGAAGAUGAUUGAAUUGUUGGCUAGCAAUAUAAAUUCAGGGGAGCCUUCUUCUAUGUUAAAAAUGGUGGAGGCUUUAAUAAGUAUUGGAGAAAAAGAAUCCUAUAAUCGGAAGCAGAAAGUGACUUUUCAUGUGAUCAUGGCUGUGCUUGUCUCUUGCUGUUCAUCCUUGAAAGGAACUCACUUUCCAUAUGCAAUAAGAGUCUUCAAUUUGUUGCAGAAAAAAAUAAAGAAGCUUGAGAGUGUUAUUACUGCAUUGGAAAUACCUCCUGAGUGGCAUUUUGAGUUGAUGAUAGGCAGAGGGAUGCCAGUGGAGCUCUGGGCCCAUUAUGUAGAACAGCUCAACGCUGCUCAGCGGAUUGUUGUGGAGGACUCAGUUUUACUCCUGUUUUCUCUGAAAAAUUUUAUUCAUGCAUUGAAAGUUCCUAAAUCUUUCCCAAAAGAUGACGUAUGGUGGAAUCCUGAACAACUGAAAGAAGACAGCAGAGAUUAUCUGUGCUUGCUCAUUGGACUCUUUGAGACAAUACUUUGCGGCGCUGAUGCCAUCCAUUUCAGAAUUCUGAUGAAACUUUUCAUACAGGUACAUUUAGAAGAUAUCUUUCAGUUAUUCAAGUUCUUUUCUGUUUUAUGGACCUAUGGCUCUAGCCUUUCAAAUCCACUUAACUGCAGCGUGAAAACAGCACUACAUACCCAAGCUCUUUAUGUUGGUUGUGCAAUGCUUUCUUCUCAGAAGCCACAGUCCAAACAGAAACUGGCAUCCCUAUCUUCUCCAGUGGUAACAUCCCUACUUAUUAAUCUGGGAAGCCCUAUAAAAGAAGUCCGUAGGGCUGCCAUUCACUGUCUCCAGACCCUGAGUGGAGUGUCAUCUCACUUUAAUCUACUAAUACAUCAUUUAGUUCCUAAAACUGAGGAGAUCACUUCAGAUGCCAACUAUGUUGUUCAGGACUUGUCUACUUUAUUUGGGGAGCUACAGGGAGAGAAGAAACUGAAAUCUCAUCAAAAGUUGUCUGAAACUUUAAAAAACCUUCUUUAUUGCGUAUAUAGUUGCCCAUCUUACAUUGCAAAAGACUUUAUGAAAGUACUCCAAGAAGUCAGCAGUGAGAUGGUGCUUUCCCAGCUACUGCCUAUGGCUGGACAACUAUUAGAAAAAAUCCAGAAAGACCCCACAGUUAUCCUGAAAGAUGAAGCGACUGUUUUACAUCUCAUUCUGGGAAAAUAUAAUGAACAUUCAGCUUCUCUAUUACAUAAGGACCCCAAGAGUUUAGAUAUAUUUAUAAAAGCUGUGCAUACCACGAAGGAACUUUUUGCUGGAAUGCCAACAGUUCAGAUCACAGCCCUUGAGAAGAUUACAAAGCCAUUUUUUGCAGCUAUAGAAGAUGAAAAAGUUCAGCAGAAGCUUUUGCACAUGUUGUUUGAUUUAUUGGUAAACUGUAAAAAUACACUUUGUGCCCAGACUGUUAGCAGUGUUUUUAAAGGGAUUUCUGUUAAUGCCGAACAAAUCAGAAUAGAACUGGAACCACCAGAUAAGACAAAGUCCUUAGGCACAAUCCAGCAAACAAGAAGGCAGAAAAUGCAACAAAAAAAAUCACAAGAUGUAGAAUCUGUUCAGGAAGUUGGAGAAUCUUACUGGCAAAGAGUAACCCUCAUCUUAGAAUUGCUGCAGCAUAAAAAGAAACUCAAAAAUCCUCAGAUACUGGUUCCAACUCUUUUUAACCUGCUAUCAAGGUGUUUAGAACCUUUGCUACCAGAGCAGGGAAAUAUGGAAUAUACCAAGCAGUUAAUCUUUAGUUGUUUGCUCAACAUCUGCCAAAAACUCUCUCCAGAUGGUGGCAAGAUACCAAAAGAUGUCCUAGAUGAGGAAAAAUUCAACGUGGAAUUGAUAGUUCAGUGCAUUCGCGUUUCAGAAAUGCCUCAGACCCAUCACCAUGCCCUUUUACUUUUGGGUACUGUUGCUGGAAUAUUUCCUGAUAAAGUUCUACACAAUAUCAUGUCUAUUUUUACGUUUAUGGGAGCGAGUGUCAUGCGCCUAGAUGAUACUUACAGUUUUCAAGUUAUUAAGAAGACAGUAAAAAUGGUUAUUCCGGCACUUAUUCGGUCUGAUGCUGGAGACUCUGUAGAAGUCACUAGAAACGUGGAAGAAAUUGUGGUAAAAAUCAUUAAUGUGUUUGUGGAUGCGUUGCCACAUGUUCCAGAGCACAGACGCCUGCCCAUCCUUAUUCAGCUUGUUGAUACAUUGGGCGCUCAAAGAUUCCUCUGGGUCCUUCUCCUCUUGCUUUUUGAACAGUAUAUCACUAAAACAGUGCUGGUGGCUCCCUUUGGAGAAAAGGAUGCCAUUUUAGAGGCAGGCACUGAAUUUUGGAUUUCAGUAUGUUGUGAAUUUAGUGUCCAGGAUCAAGUACAGAGUUUGAUGAACAUUCUUCAGUACUUAUUAAAGCUACCAGAAGAAAAGGAAGAAACUGUUCUCAAAGCAACAUCUAAUAAGAAUGAAUCACAAGAAGAAAUGCUUCAGAUUUUUAAUAUAGACACGCACACUAGCAAGCAACUGCGGCAUUUUAAAUUUUUAUCAGUAUCCUUCAUGUCUCAGCUCCUUGCUUCAAAUAAUUUUAUCAGAAAGGUGGUAGAAAGUGGCGGUCCUGAGGCUUUAAAGGGCCUUGAACAGAGUUUGCUAGAGAUGAUUCUGGGCUAUAUUAACACGGUAGCACAGUCCCUGGAGAAAAAUGCAGACAAACUAACUGUGAAGUUUUGGCGGGCGCUCCUUAGUAAAUCUUACGACUUGCUAGAUAAGGUCAAUGCCUUGCUGCCCACAGAAACAUUCAUUCCUGUGAUCAGAGGGCUACUGGAUAACCCACUGCCAUCAGUUCGCCGGAAAGCACUGGAUCUCUUGAAUAACAAACUGCAGCAGAACAUAACCUGGAAGAAGAAACUUGUUUCCCGUUUCCUGAAAUUGGUCCCAGUCCUUCUGGCCGUCGUACAACAGAAGAAAGCAGUAGAAGAACCAGCAAUAAGCAGACAGACAGCUCUGUACACCCUAAAGCUCUUGUGCAAGAACUUUGGUGCAGAAAAUCCAGAGCCUUUUGUUCCAGUGCUCAAGACUGCCGUGCAGCUGAUUGACCCAGAAACAAAGGAAGAGAAAAAUGUCUUGGGAAGUGCCCUGCUGUGUGUAGCAGAGGUGGUCUCCACCGUGGAAGCACUGACCAUUCCUCAGCUUCCCAGCCUGAUGCCAUCAUUGCUGGCAACAAUGAGAAACACCAACGAGCUGAUCUCUGGUGAAGUCUAUCUACUCAGUGCCUUAGCUGCCCUUCAGAAGGUGGUUGAAACUCUCCCAAAUUUCAUCAGCCCCUACCUAGAAGGUGUUCUGUCACAGGUAAUCCACUUGGAGAAAAUCAUUUGUGGAAUGGGUCCUGCCUCCCAGGCAAAUGUCCGCCUCUCAUCUCUUAAAAAGACAUUGGCUACUAAGCUCUCACCCCGAGUAUUACUGCCAGCCAUCAACAAAACAUACAAGAAGAUUGAGAAGAACUGGAAGAAUCACAUGGGUCCAUUUAUGAGUGUCUUGCAAGCACACAUUGGGGUAAUGAAGAAGGAAGAGCUCACCUCCCAUCAGUCUCUGCUAACCACAUUCUUCUUAGAGGCCCUUGACUUCCGAGCACAACACUCUGAGGAUGAUCUGGAGGAUGUUGGAAAAACAGAAAAUUAUAUCAUUGAUUGCCUAGUAGCCAUGGUUGUAAAACUUUCUGAAGUCACAUUCAGACCCCUGUUCUUUAAGCUGUUUGAUUGGGCUAAAACAGAGGAUGCCCCAAAAGACCGACUAUUGACAUUUUACAACUUGGCAGACUGCAUUGCUGACAAACUGAAAGGACUUUUUACUCUGUUUGCUGGCCACUUAGUGAAACCUUUUGCUGAUACCUUGAACCAAGUGAACAUCUCUAAAACAGAUGAAGCAUUUUUUGACUCUGAAAAUGACCCUGAAAAGUGCUGCUUGCUGUUACAGUUUAUUUUGAACUGUUUAUAUAAAAUAUUCCUCUUUGAUACCCAGCAUUUUAUAAGUAAAGAAAGAGCAGAAGCCUUGAUGAUGCCCCUGGUGGAUCAGCUGGAAAACAGGCUUGGAGGAGAAGAGAAGUUCCAGGAACGGGUGGCACAGCAGCUGAUACCCUGCAUCGCGCAGUUCUCAGUAGCCAUGGCAGAUGACUCUCUUUGGAAACCACUGAACUACCAGAUUCUGCUGAAGACAAGAGACUCUUCGCCCAAGGUUCGAUUUGCUGCUCUGAUCACUGUCUUAGCACUGGCUGAAAAACUAAAGGAGAAUUAUAUUGUCCUGCUACCGGAAUCCAUUCCUUUCUUAGCGGAAUUGAUGGAAGAUGAAUGUGAAGAAGUAGAACGUCAAUGCCAAAAGACAAUUCAGCAACUGGAAGCUAUACUGGGAGAGCCACUGCAGGGCUACUUUUAAAACUGGGGGGGGGGGGGGGGUGUUAGUGUUUCAUACUCUUGUUGAGAGUUGAGACUUAUUUUUCACAUUUUUAACUUUCGGGUGUUUAGUACCAUGUUACUUUUGGUUCCUUAACACCUAUUUGGAGACUAUUUAUAAAUAUUUACUCCUUUAUAAAAUCCACACUUGUUUUGUGCUAUAUAUACUACAUGUGCCUCUCUCAACAGUUAUAAAGAAUUGCGUAAAGAAUAAAUCUACAUGGCCUUUU